CCUUUAGAAAAAUAUGGAAUUUAGCGGCUCUUUUUCUUCUACUGCACCUUCUAUACACCAUCUAUCCCAUUAUAUUCCCAGAAUCUUCUCUCUGAGUCACUAUUUUCUCUGAUUCUCUCUCUCUCUUCCACCCCCCCUCCCUCUCCCUCUAUUUUCCCCUUUUCUUCUCACUUUGGAUUCCCAUAAACAAAAAGGAGUUGCUGCUAAAGAGUCUAAAAGCCUUUGCCUUUUCUUUCUUAUUAUUUAUCAACAUCAUAAUCAUGUGUGUUAAGGAUGCUAAGCAGGUUAACCAAGAAGUGGAAAGCCUCGGCAAUACCAACAUCAACAAGAAGCAGUCUUGGCCUUUGCAUUGUGAGGCCUUGCAUGACAAGAUGGAUAAUUGGGAUAAAGACUCUUCCUUGAUUAGCUCCAGUGAUGGGAUCAGUGUCUGCAGCUCUUUUCCUCUAGAAAGCAUCUGUGAGGAUCGAGUGACUCUGGAGAGGAAACAGAAUCUUGCAACAAGUUUUAUUCCUGUCCUUCGGUCAGGAGAAUGGUCUGACAUUGGUGGUCGGCUUUAUAUGGAGGACACACACAUUUGCAUUAGUGACUUGGCAAAGAAAUUUGGUUACAAUUUACUUAGGGAGGAAUCUGUUUCUUUCUAUGGUGUAUUUGAUGGGCAUGGGGGAAAGAGUGCAGCUCAUUUUGUCCGGGAUCAUUUGCCAAGAUUUAUUGUUGAGGAUGCAGAUUUCCCAUUAGAACUUGAGAAAGUGGUCGCAAGGUCGUUCAUUAAGACUGAUGCAGCUUUUGCAGAGACUUGCUCCCGUGAGUCUUCCUUUUCUUCUGGCACAACUGCACUUACCGCAAUGAUAUUUGGGAGGUCUUUGCUUGUGGCAAAUGCUGGUGACUGCCGGGCUGUAUUGUCACGGCGUGGAACAGCUAUAGAAAUGUCAGAGGACCAUAGGCCUUGCUGUGUUAAUGAAAGGACCCGGAUUGAGUACCUGGGGGGAUAUGUUGAAGAUGGUUAUCUGAAUGGCCAGUUAGGUGUCAGUCGGGCAUUAGGUGACUGGCACCUCGAAGGGAUGAAGGUGAAGAGCGAUAGAGGUGGUCCCUUGAGUGCUGAACCAGAACUUAAAUUGGUUACACUAACCAAGGAUGACGAGUUUUUGAUCAUCGGAAGUGAUGGAAUAUGGGAUGUGUUUUCCAGCCAAAAUUCAGUUUCCUUUGCUCGGAGAAGACUUCGAGAGCACAAUGAUGUGAAAUUGUGUUGUAAAGAAAUAGUAGAGGAAGCAACAAAACGCGGGGCGACAGACAAUUUGACAGUUGUUGUGAUAAGCUUUCACUUGGAGCCACCACCAAAAGUGGCAGUAGAAAGGGGAAGAGUUAGAAGGAGCAUUUCUGCUGAGGGACUUCAGAGCCUCAAAUGUCUAUUACAAGGAUAAUACUCCAAUACUGAGUUCCAAAAAGAUUUUAUUUCCUUCCCUGUACAAUAAACUAGUCAAUAAUGGUAAAUAGCUACACUAGCUUUUACUCUAGAGUCUUGCGUGUGUAUAUAAAAUCCCUCCGGAAAUAGAAACUGAAUUUUUUCCUGUCAGUUAUCGCUGUUGAUUCAUUCAGUUUUCAAGCAAAUGGAAUUGCAGGUAAAUAAGAAUCGAAAGCAUGAACAAAUGCUGUCAUUAUUUAUGACAUUGAACUUUUUUCUA